CCGAUCCGAUAGGAUAUGCCACUUGCAGGGAGCACAAGCAAACCAAAAUCAGGAAAGGACGGACCAUAGGGAGUGAAAAAUGGCUGCUGCUGCUCUCUCCGUCGGAUCCAACCGAUCUAUCGUCCGCCGUAAUCCCAGCUGCAGGUCCCUCUGGGUAUGGGCUAGACCCUUUUUAGGUCGCCGGACGGCAACUUCUCAGUUGUGGAGGAGCAAGAGUAACCGCUCAUGCGGUGUUUUCCAGCCCACUCGCCAUAGAUUAUCCAGCAGGACAGCUACGACACCUGUUCUCGCCGGGUAUAGAGCUGACGAUUCCUCCGCUCCUUUGGAGAUGUCUGUUGAGAACGCUCUCAAGCUUCUCGGCGUCUCCGAAGGGGCUUCCUUCGAUGACAUCCUUCGCGCCAGGAAUUCUAUCCUUGCCUCCUGCAGGGACGAUCAAGACACCGUCGCUCAGGUAGAGGCUGCCUAUGACAUGUUGCUUAUGCAAAGCUUAAUGCAGAGGAGGGCAGGGAAAGUUGUAAAUACAAGCAUUCCUUAUGCUGACGUGAAACCUGUAAAUGGCCCAGGAAUGAGAUCAAUGCCCAAGUGGUUACAAGCCGCAGGUAAAAAUAUAUCAGUUUCAGUUGAACCACCAUCCACUGGGAACUUAGGCCUUCAAGCAGGGGUGUAUGGAGCACUAAUGGUCUUAACAUUUGCCAAUGGAACAUCGACAUCUUCAGCAGAGCCAUAUGCAGGGGCUGAUAUUCCUGGGUUAAUCUUAGCUACUAGUUUUGGUGCUUCAUUAUACUUCUUGACCAAGAAGAACAUCAACCUGGGGAAGGCUACGCUCAUAACUGUUGGGGGCCUUGUCGUGGGAGCAGCAGUGGGCUCAGCAGUUGAGAACUUGUUGCAGGUUGACAUAGUCCCAUAUUUGGGUAUACACUCCCCGGCUGUUGUUGUAAGCGAAUUCAUUCUCUUCACUCAGUUCUUGGUCUCCCUCUACCUAAGAUAGGGUUUGGAAAUGAUAUACCAUAACUUGAACUUUAAUAGCUGUAAUUAUCAUUGUAACUGCUACGCCAUGUAUUCUUUUACAUAAUAGUACAAAUGUCCCGCUUCCGUAGGCUUUGUAAA